GCCAGCCACUGGAGGUCCCAUGUGAUGAGCCACAUAGUAAUUGUCACGGCUCGAUACUAGUAGAUAAAACAAAUACAUAGUUACAUAUGUGCGCCGUGCUAGAGUGGCACAGCGAAGCCGCAAAAUCCGCGCCAAUCCGCGCCGAAUGCAACUCUACGCCGUGCGGGGUAACUGGAUACUGAUCAUCCCCCUUCCUAAUAACACUACUUAACUAGUUUACAGCAACUCCAAGGCCAGCCCACAGGAUCAAGUCAGUCAGUAUUCAGGAGUUUCCAAGAAGCUGCCCAAACAUGGCCAAACCGCACCAGAGCACCAGGCGUACAGGAAGGCAGGGUGCAUGUGAAAUGGGUCCCUGGGCAUACAGGCAUUGAAGGCAAUGAAGAAGCCGACAAAGAAGCCAAGAUGGGCUGCCAUGGGCCCCUGAAUCUCCCUAUAGCACCUGCGUCAAUAGCAGCUGCCAGACAAAUAGCACAGAGGAUGCACUGGCAUGCCUUUGCACAGUUCUGGGCAGAAAAGGCCCCCAAACGAUACAAGGACCUCAGGAUAAGCCUGGAGAAGCGCCCCCCCCCAGAGCUCCUCCUUCCACGAACAGCCCUGGGCCGCCUCCUUGCCGCCAGGAGCGGACAUGGUGACUUUGCAGAGUACCAUGAACGCUUUAAACAUGAUGACGCCCUGCUGACAUGCUCUUGCGGCCGCAGAAAGGAACCAUCCCAUUUCUAUCAUUGCAGGGAGGGCCGCAAAGCAGCAGCACAUCCAUGGGGCCGCCGGUCUGUGACUUAUAUCCUCUGCACAAAGGCUGGAUACACUGCAUUUGCAGGCUGGUUGGGAGAAUCCAACUUCUAUACAGAUAUCUGCCGACGACAUUAGGCCAUCAAAACUCACCAAAUCCAGGGACAUCCAGGCUUACCUCCGGUCUCCCUUCCUCUCUCUCUCUCCCCUUUCUUUCCCCUUUUUAUUGUACCCCUUCCCUGCCCUUCUUGUUCGCGUUCAUGCUUUUUGUUGCAAACCAAUACGCGCAAUUUCGCUGCUUUGACAGUCAUGAAAACCCAAGCAGCCCCCCGCGCGGGGGGCUACCUGUAUAUAGAUGAUAGAUGGUAGUUUAGCUAGGUGA